ACUGUAAAUAAAAGGGAAGAUAAUUUAUAAGGUAUAAUAUUGUACAUAUCGUAAAUAUAGUAUACGAUCAUUAGAAGGUUUUCUAGUACGAUUUUAGAUCAAUUAUUUAAUUAUUCAUCAUACUCAUCUCACGUGCUCCCUCCCUCCCUACUAGUAAGUUAGUUAGUUAUCUAAUUAUAAUUACAAAUCAACUUAAACAAUGUCUGAAAUAAAUAAAGAGAAAGAUUUUGUAAAUGGUUCAGGUUCAGUUGAUGAAGUACCGCAGAAAUCUGGUGUAGUACCAUCAUUAGUUGUUGAAAUUCCAACUUCUACUACUAAUACUAAUAAUGAUUCAUCACCAUCUUGUCCAGUACUACAUUCUCCAAUACCUCAUAAACCUGGUUCAGUAACUUCAUCAAUUCAUAAUCAAUCAAAUAUAAAUUCAUCCCUGGCUAAACCAUUACAAAAACCUCAACCUACAAUUAAUGAAAAUCCUUCUCAUGAGUCUACUCCAACAACUAUUGAUAGAAAGGCUUCUACUAAGAAGGGUCCUCCCUUAUUAAAAGUUAAAACAGAUCCAAAUUUAAAGUCUUGUUUAUCUCCUUCAACUAUUCCAUUGACGGGUGAUCAUAUAAAAGAUAAUCUCCCUUCUUUAACAUCUACAACAACAACAACUACUGCUACUGGUACAACUUCUGUUGCUUCUAUUCUUGGUUCAAAUAUAUUUCCUCAAACUGCUGAAUCUAUACUAACAACUGAUAAUGCUGGAAAUCUUCAUAUUGUAUCUGCUGAUCAACAUCCAUCAUUUUUAGUUCAAUCGGAUAAUAUAAGUCCUAAUAAACAUGGAUUAUUACAUGUGAAUGAAAAGGGAACUGCAACACCAAUAGUUGAUGAAAUUCAUGCACAAUCUCAUAUUAAUUUCACUCCUCUUGUUAAUUCAAAUCUGUUAUCAAGAAAUUCAGUAAGUCCACCUAUUCUUAAUACUUCAAAUAAUGGAAAUAUACCAUUUUCAACUACUUCUGGAACUUCUUCUCCACCUCCAAUUCCUUCAAGAAUGAAUUCAUUAAGAUAUAUUGAUCAUGAUGAUAAGAGAUAUAUUGAAAGUUUACGUCAUUCAAAUAAUAGUUCUUUAUCUUCUUCAGCAGCAGGAACGAAUCUGAAUGAUGAAAAACAUCAUCAAGUAUCUUCUCCAUCAAGUGAAUUAGAUUUAAUUAAUCAACAACAACAACAUCAACAACAAUUUAAUGAUAAUAAAUUACAUUUGUUAAUUGCUAUAACUGGUUGUAUUUCAAUUCAUAAGAAUAUAUUUCUAAUUAUUGAAAAGUUAUUUGAAUUAUAUACUCAUGAUAAAUUAGAAAUUCAAGUAAUUUUAACUAAAUCUGCUGAAUGGUUUCUCUCAGAUAAACUUUAUAAAUUUGAACAAUUUGGUGUUAAAGUAUGGUUUAGUGAUGAUGAUGCAAAAUAUUUCUUAACUAGUCCUUUUCAAAAACAUAUUGCACAUUUCCAAGCUUUAGGUACAAGUUUUAAACCUCGUUUAAAUCCAAAUGUUUUGAGUCAAUAUUUUCUUGCUUAUAAUUUACAAAGAUGGACAGAUGUUUUAUUAAUUUGUCCAUUAUCUGCCAAUACAAUGGCCAAAUUGAUUAGUGGAUUAUCUGAUAAUUUAGUAACUAAUCUUUUACAUGUUUGGCCAAUUCCUCAAGGUUCUUCACAAUAUCAACAACAAGUUCCCCCACCUCAUUCACUGGUAUCUCCUCAUGAUUCCACAAUCAUAACUAAUAAUGUAUUAUCUCCAAAACCAAUUGUGGCAGCUUUAGCUUUAACAAAUGCCAUGUAUGCACAUCCUAUAACUAAGAAACAAGUAUCUUUAUUAAAAGAAACAUAUCCAAAUAUGUCAAUUUUGAAACCAGUCGAAAAGUGUGUAACUGUAGACGGAAGUAUUACCAUGGGUGGUAUGAGAUCAUGGAGUGAGAUUGUUGAUAUUGUUAGUCAGAAGUUGGGCCGACCAUCGGUUGAUGAAGAAGAUGACGACGACGAUGAUGAUGAAGGGGAACAAGAUGAACAGAAAGAUGAAAUUAAAGAUAAAGAGGAAGAUGAAGAAGAGGGGGAAGCUGACGGAGAUGAAGAUGAAGAUGAAGAUUCAACUGAAGAAAAAAUAGAGAUAAAGAAAGAUUCUAAGACAGUUCCUGUGAUUAAGGAAGAAGAUGAGAAUCAAAGUGAUGAAGCCAAACCGGUAUCUAUAGAGAAAAAGGCCGCUGCAAAAACUAAGAAAGAUAAAGAAAUUAAAUUAGUUAUUAAAGAAGAGCAAACUAAUGGAGGACGUAGAUCAUCAUUAACGCCGAUUAUAAGUACUGAUGCUACACUUGUUCCUCAACGGUCAAGACAUAAUACUGUAUCACGUAAAGAGUUACAGGAACAUGAGAGGUUAGCACUUGAAAAUGCCAAAUUGAAUGCAGGCAUAGGGAUAAGCUAAGUAUGGUAUAUAAGUAGUAUUAUGAAUGUAUUGAAACUUAGGGUGAGAUAGUGUGAUGUGUAGUGUAUGUAGGU